GUCUCGAAUCGACAGCUUCUGAAAUGGAAUCUGCGCCAGGCGUCACAAAAUGCAGCUUUUAUGUCACCCCGCAAGUGCCUUUCCCACCAGGUUUUAAGAGAUGCGUCCUUCUGUCCUCCUCCUGCUGGCCAUCUGCCUGGUGCCUGCACACUUCAAACCAGCAGAACAUCUCGGAAGCGCUUUCCUUCAACACUGCUUUGAGGAGGCCAAACAGAUUGUUGAUGACGCUUACACGUACUCCAGAGCAGAGAGUCUGAGGAGGGUGCGCAAGGACGUGGUGAGUCCUCACGACGCUCUGCGCCUGCUGAAGCAGCCUCGGGGGGAGACGCGCUCCUCUGUGAGGGCCGCCGACUACAUGGAGCAGACCCUGCGCCUCGUGCAGGAGCGGGUGCACCGCAUCCAUAAGCGCUCCCUCAAUGCGACAGACUUGCUCUCUGCGGAGGAUCUGCAGGUACUGAGCAUGAUAACAGGAUGUUCCGCUCGAGUCAGGGAGCCGCAGUGCAACACCAUGCCCAACAUCAACACCUUUCGCACAAUUACAAGCGUGUGCAACAACCUAAAUAAACCCCGCCAAGGAGCUUCUAACACCCCCUUUGCCCGCUGGCUGCCUGCAGAAUAUGACGAUGGCAUCUCGCAGCCCAAAGGCGCUCAACCCAACCGACCCAUCAACAACUUCCUUCUCCCGCUGGUUCGACAGGUGUCCAACAACAUCCUGAGCACCACGGACGCGGGUGUGGUCAGUGACAGAGAGUUCUCUCACAUGGUGACCUUGUUCGGUCAGUGGAACGACCACGACAUCACCUUCACGCCUUUCUCGCCCAGCAUCCGCUCCUUCAGCAACGGCAUCAAUUGCGAGGAGAGCUGCGAGCGCACCGAGCCGUGCAUCCCCAUCCCGAUUCCUCCCGGUGACCCGCGGUUGCCUACCGGGCCAGACAGCUGCUUCCCCUCGUUUCGAUCCGCCCCCGUCUGCGGCACGGGGUUCUCAGCCUACAAUUUCGGAGGGGAGCCCAACAAGCGCGAGCAGAUCAACGCUCUGACGGCCUACCUGGAUCUGAGCCAGGUGUACGGUUCCGAGGAAAAGCUCGCCCUCAAACUCCGCGACCUCGACAGCGACGGGCUUCUGCGCGUUAACACCGAGUUCCGAGACAACGGGCGGGAGCUGCUGCCCUUUGACCGUCUGGAGGACAACAUGUGCGCCACCCGCAGGCGGGUCACCAAUGACAGCAACGCCAGGGAGGUUCCUUGUUUCAUUGCAGGUGACGUCCGCGUGGACGAGAACGUCGCUCUGACGACGAUUCACACUUUGUUCCUGCGUGAACACAACCGUCUGGCCCGCCAACUGAAGAGACUGAACCCCCAGUAUGACAGCGAGACCAUCUACGAGGAGGCCCGCAAAAUCAUGGGCGCGUACACACAGGUGUUUGUGUUCCGUGAUUACCUGCCACACAUUGUGGGCGAUGAAGCCAUGCGCAGGGUACUAGGAAAUUACCCCGGUUACGACCCCAACGUGGACCCCAGUAUCGCCAACGUCUUUGCCACGGCCGCCUACCGCUUCGCUCACUUAGCCCUCCAGCCCAGCUUAGCCCGCCUGGGUGCAGACUACAGAGAGGACCGUCAGUUCCCCAGUGUCCCCCUGUUCAAGGCCUUCUUCACCCCCUGGAGAAUCAUAUUUGAGGGCGGCGUCGACUCGCUCCUGCGUGGUUUAGUGGGUCGACCUGCAAAACUCAACACUCAGGACAACAUGAUGGUGGAUGCUCUGAGGGAGAGGCUCUUCCAGUUUGUGCAGCAUCUGGCCUUGGACCUGGCCUCCCUCAACAUGCAGAGGGCGCGGGACCACGGCUUACCCGGAUACAACGCCUGGCGCGGAUUCUGCGGCCUGUCCCAGCCCAGUAACCAAGCCGAGUUGGCCCAGGUCCUGAACAACACCGACCUGGCCCGCAGGCUGCUGGAACUCUACGGGACGCCUGAAAACAUUGACGUGUGGUUGGGGGGCGUGGCCGAGCCCCUUGUCCGCGGUGGCCGCGUGGGUCCUCUGUUCGCCUGCCUCAUUGCAAACCAGUUCCAGAAGAUUCGUCAGGGUGACAGGUUGUGGUACGAGAACCCGGGCGUUUUCACCGCCAGACAGCGCGCCGCCCUCUCCACCGCCACUCUGUCCAGGAUCAUCUGCGACAAUACGGGCAUCACGGCCGUCCCCAGAGACGCCUUCAGCGUUAUCAACCGUCGAAACCGUCUGGUCCGCUGCGCCAACGUGCGGCAGCUCAACCUGAGAGCGUGGAGACAGAGGCGCUGCACAGAUUUCUUAGAAACGGGUUUCUGUCCUGAAGAUGAUGAGACACAGGACGCAGUGGAUGUGGCGUUUCCCGACGAUGACCUGGAUAACGAGAUCCCUGACAGCCAGUUGCCCUAAGAGGCCCCGCCCACUCCGCAUCAACAGUCUGCCCUUGCCGCCAAACCCAUCGAUCAUCUUUUGUCUCCCCUUCCAUCCUUCUUUCUCCGUGCUAAACGUGUAGCUUCUGGCGUGGGUUUCUCUUUCCGAUUCCCUACGCCAACUGACACUUCCACUUGUCUCCGUCCUCCCCUCCACACGACGUGUACGCCAGCGGCUGCAGAAACAUUUGUCCUCCCUCCUGUUACAGCUGCUGCUUGUCUUGUUUACCAGUAUUAGGAUUAUUUAUGUAGCGACGACAUGUGGGCACCACUUGAAAGUUUUGCUUGUUUUAUUGCAUCUUUUUCAUCUGCUCUCAAUAAAAGUGAAAUAUAUACGCCA